AUGGCUCAGCACCCGAACACUCUCACUUCGCCUCCCCCUCCUCAUGGGAAUCAUAUACUACUAUCUUACCCGAGGAAACACAUACUUCUCCUGACUUUCAACAGGCCUGAUGUUCUGAAUGCCAUCUCAAAACCACUUCAAAAUGACUUGAAUACAGUGUUAAACUGGUUUGAGGAGAACCUGAUCUAUGGGUGGAGAGAAGACAAACUAUCUCAAGCCUCCGACGAUAUUAGCAAUCUUUUGGACAGCCCACGAGGCUUCGGCUCCCUCAGCCGCAGACAGUCCUCCAAGCCUGUCAUCGCUGCAGUGAAUGGACAUGCUCUUGGUGGGGGUAGUGAGAUAGUUGUAAAUUGUGAUAUAGUCGUAGCCAGCGAGAACGCGAGAUUCGGAUUUCCUGAAGUGCACGUUGGUGCCGUAGCGGAUCAGGGUGGCAUACAGAGAUUAUUAAGGUCGCGGGACAUCAGGUAUCACAUAUCUACCUGGUUUUGGGGAAUUGUUCCUAACUGGAAGGGGAUUUCAGCUGUUGACGCUCAAAACAUCUUUCGCUUCGUGAAUGAUGUCGUGCCGCCAGACAGAGUCCUCCCGCGCGCACUCGAAUACGCCGAAGCUAUCCUUAAUCAAUCGCCCGACGCUAUUCGCAGCACGAAAAAAGCGUUGAAUGAAGCUGUUCUCCACGGGAAUAUUGAAGACGCGUGGAAAUCGCAUGUAGUCAGCUCGGAGAGUCGGUCAGUGUAUUUUGGAGCGAACAUCACGGAGGGGCUAAAUGCGUUCAACGAAAAACGCAAACCAAAAUGGGUGAACCCCAAAUUAUAA